GGACGGUUUAUAUUCGGGAGCCUUCCUGCAGCAGCAGCUGGAUACCUCUGCGACUGGCUGGACGCGGUAGACGCACGGAGGGAGUCCGCCGAACACUGACUGCAGGACCGCGUUAACGGGAGUAAGUCACGAUGCCUUCGAACAAAGACGACGGCGGCUGGAAGAAGUUCCUGUGGGACUCGGAGAAGGGGGAGCUGCUCGGUCGUACUGGGAGCAGCUGGUUCAAAAUCCUGCUCUUCUAUGUCAUCUUCUAUGGCUGCCUGGCAGGCAUCUUCAUCGGCACCAUCCAGGCCUUGCUGCUCACCCUCAGCAACUACAAGCCCACCUGGCAGGACAGAGUCGCACCUCCUGGCCUGACGCAUACCCCCCUCUCAGAUAAGGCCGAGGUGUCCUUCAGCCUCAACGACAUGGAGACCUACCUGCCGUACACCAAGACCCUGAAGGAAUUUCUGGCCAAGUACGACGAGGAUAACCAGAGGGACCAGAUGAAGUAUGAGGACUGCGGAGAGGAGCCUGCAGACUACAAGAACCGUGGUGACCUGGAGAGCGACGUGGGCAUCAGGAAGGCCUGCCGCUUCCACAGGAGCCUGCUGGGACCCUGCUCCGGCAUCGAGGACCGCGAGUUCGGUUUCAAGGAGGGAAAGCCGUGUCUGAUCGUGAAGCUGAACCGGAUUGUCAACUUCCGUCCACGGCCUCCCACCUCCAACGAGAGCAUCCCUGAAGAGGCUCAGCCCAAGGUGCAGCCCAACGUGGUCCCUCUCUACUGCACCAACAAGAAAGAGGAGGAUGCUGGGAAGAUCGGUGAGAUCAAGUACUACGGCAUUGGCGGCGGCUUCCCCCUGCAGUAUUACCCCUACUACGGCAAGCUGCUGCACCCACAGUACCUGCAGCCGCUGGUGGCGCUGCAGUUCACCAACCUGACCAUGAACACCGAAUUGCGCAUCGAGUGCAAAGUGUUCGGAGACAACAUCGACUACAGCGACAAGGACCGCUACCAGGGACGCUUUGACAUCAAGCUCCAGGUCAACAGUUUAUGACUGUGAUCAGAGCCGUAGCACUUUGUUCCACUGCUCCC